CCUCUAUUGAGUUGACUACUUCUUCAGAAAUAAAAGAAAUUACUACAAUGUCAAGUAUUGUACCUAGUGACCCUACUUCACAACCAGUAACGUCAAGUCCUAUUACUACGGAAACUACUCAGCCAGUGACAACUACUCCUAUUACCAGUGAUCCAGUCACAACACCUAUUAUUACUACUACUACACCAACUACUCCAAUAACCACUCCUCCUAUUACAACAACAACUCCACCACCAAUAACUUCAACAACUCCAACAAUACCUACUACGUCUGAUUCACCUAUUAUUCCAAGCCCUCAUUCUUCUUCUUCUUCAAGUUCAUAUAUACCUAGUUCUAUUUGGACCUCUAUUUCUAUUCCUGUUACCACUGUGAUCACUUCUGAUGGAGUAGUUCAUACAAUGACAUCUUAUUCAUACAAUGUCACUCAAACGCAAAUACCAAUAUCUAGCUCAACUCCUUCUUCUGUGAAUGCAGGUGCUAUUGCUGGUGGUGUGGUUGGUGGAUUGGCAGGUUUGGCCAUUGUGGGUGCAGGCAUAUUCUUCUUUUUAAGACGACGUACAAGGAAACGACAACAUCAUUUAUCUUAUUCAAGUACUCAAAACAACAAUACUUUAUUUGGUGCAAGCAUGACUGGAUUAGAUCGUGGAGAUGAAUUCUACAGUGGUGCUAUGAGUGCUGGUUAUAGUGAUAGCAGUAAUCGAUUAUCAUCCACAUCCACUAAAGCAAGACCCUUUGUGGCACCUAUGAUUCCUCCUCAUUCUGAAGAUACUACUUAUUAUUCCUCUCCUCAACAACAACAACAACAACAAGAAUAUCAAGACUUUUAUCCUUAUCAAUAUGUUCCCAAUCAUCCAAUGCCAUAUCCUCCAUCUUCACCUUCUACUGUUGAACGUCAUGUUCCUCAUUUAGUGGAAAAUGAUGAUGAUCAUUCAAAACAAGUCCCUCAUUCAAAAGAUGAAUAAAUCAUUAUUAUUUAUUUUAGUUAUUUUUAUCAUCCCUGUAUAGAUCUCAUGUUUUUUUUUUUUUUAAUAAAAUCUCUUCAUAUUAUCUUUUGCCCUA